AAGCCAAUCUAAAUCGUAGCAGCAAAGGAAGUCUCCUUCGAUCUGUCUCUCUUUGCUCUAAGCGCUCUCUCCUCCUCCUUCCUUUGAUACCUUCUUUGACGGGCUGAGUCCAAGUCCAGACUCAAUUUAGAUUCGAACGACCAAACAUAUCUCUCUUUCUCUAAUGCCAUUGGUGCCGACUGCGAUCGCGCGAGUCGGUCUGUGAACAGAGUCAAGUCAGCGACGAGUUUCGAGUCCUUUCAGGGAAACAGGAUCGUUUUUUAUGGGGGCCGUGCCGUCGACGCCGCGUCAGGGUACUGCGGGGUCGCAGGAUUCGGCGGAGUACCUUAUUGGCACUUUUGUCGGCAACAAAUCGUUCCCUCUGGGCUCCGAAUUCUGGCAGAAGCUUCUCGAGGUCCCUCUCCAUAUUCGCUGGCCAGCCCACCAAGUGCACGAUGCCUGCCAGCUCUUCGCACAAAAUAACUAUUCUACUAGGCAUCUUGCGAAGAUUUUGAUUCACCUAGCAUGGUGUUUGCAAGAAUCAAUGUCUACUUCUGGUGCUCCAUCUACAGUUUAUAUGAAGGCUGUUAAUGCAGCAUACCUUUCAUCUGUUUUCUUGAAGUACUUAAUUGAACAUGCCCAAGGUGACAACAUUGGAUUAUAUCUAUCCCUUGAUGAAAAUGAACCUGUGCCAAAGAUUUUUACGAGAGGUAUUUUCGAUAAAAGCAUCGAGAAUCUUGUGAUGCAUAGUGUGCUUAGCUUUAUUGGCUCAAUAGAUGUAAGUUCAAACACAUACGUCCUAUUCCAAGAGCUGCUCAACUUCAUGCUUGUUGCAAUGUCAACUCAGCUACUUUCUGGACCAUCUCUGGAACUAAAAGAAGCAAACCUGUUUAUUGAUGCAGCAAUGAUUCAGGAAAGCUCUUUGGUUUGUUUAGUUGUUCGAAAACUUCUACUCAAUUACAUCCUGCAGCCCCAUACCACAAUGAGUGGUUCAUCUAAUUCUAUAUUUUCGGAAGGGAGUCAGAAUGGGGUUUUGCAGAGAGUUGGUUCUGCAGCUGCGACUUUUGUGUUAUUGCCAUUCAAUUAUCUGGUCAGCUCAAGUGGCGAAGUCUCAAAAAAUCCAUUGGCCUACAGCAGUAUUCAUGUGUUACUUGUUCUCAGUUAUUAUCAUAAACAUGUUGAGGGUAACGAGUCUGUAGCAGUUAAAAGCGAUGACAUUGCAGCGUCAGAUCCUUUAUCCAAAGUAAAUACGUAUUUUUCUGCCAACCCUUAUCGCAAGGCGUUGGAAAAUACAAGGGACAUUGAAUUUGAUCGAGCAGAUAUUGAGGGAAAUGCGCACAGUGGACCACUUGUGAGGCUACCUUUUGCUUCCCUGUUUGAUAGUCUUGGCACGUACUUGGCAGAUGAAACUGCUGUCUUAUUGCUAUACACAUUAUUGCAAGGGAACUCGGACUUUUUGGAGUAUGUCUUGGUGCGAACUGAUCUGGAUACAUUGUUGAUGCCCAUUUUGGAGACGUUAUAUAAUGCUUCGAAGAGGACAUCUAAUCAAAUAUACAUGUUGCUGAUCAUACUUCUCAUACUUAGUCAAGAUUCUUCUUUUAAUGCUAGCAUUCACAAGAUGAUACUGCCUAGUAAUCCGUGGUAUAAAGAAACACUUCUUCAUCAGACCUCACUUGGCUCCCUUAUGGUCAUAAUUCUGAUAAGGACUGUGAACUACAACUUAUAUAAAUUGCGGGAUGUGUAUCUCCAUACAACUUGUCUAGCUACUCUGGCAAACAUGGCACCUCAUUUCCACCGCUUGAGUGCACAUGCUUCGCAGAAAUUGGUCAACUUAUUUUUCAUGCUCUCCAGGAAGUAUAACAAACUUGCCGAGUUAGUGGAUGCUAAAAUGCAUACUCCCAAUGGCAACACAGUCGAACAAAAUGGUCUUGCAGAAGAUAUGUCGGCGGAGUUGCAUAUAUAUACUGACUUCCUCAGAAUUGUCCUUGAGAUAAUAAAUGCAAUUUUGACUUAUGCCUUGCCACGAAAUCCCGAGGUUGUGUAUGCAAUAAUGCACAGGCAGGAAAUUUUUCAACCAUUCAGGAAUCACCCUCGCUUCAAUGAGCUACUUGAAAAUAUCUAUACUGUUUUAGAUUUUUUUAAUAGUCGCAUGGAUGCCCAAAAAUUGGAUGGUGAAUGGUCUGUAGAGAAAGUUCAGCAAUUAAUAAAUAAUAAUUGUCGGUCAUGGCGAGGUGAAGGGAUGAAGAUGUUUACUCAAUUACAUUUCUCGUAUGAACAAGAGAGUCAUCCCGAGGAGUUCUUUACUCCUUACGUGUGGCAGUUGGUUCUAUCACGCAGUGGAUUCAAUUUUAAUCCCAGUGCCAUAAACUUGUUCCCAGUUGAUCAGCCGCUUGAAGAACAGGAUGAUCAUGUAUAGGAACACUUGAGCAUUAAACUGGCAUAUAGUUUAGCUUUUGAGUUUUGACCAUUGGCUCUUUUCUCUUCCACUCGUUCCAAUUUUGUGAUGAUGAUGUGUGUACAUAAAAUGGUAGAUAGUUACAAAUGUAUUCUUCUCAUUCUUUCUAUGUGAAUAUGCUUGGGACAGUGGAAACAACUUCGUCUCGGAGAUGAAUAUGCAGUAUCAAUGUAAUAAUGUUAGAACGCCCAGUUUCAUAUUAAUAAUAUUUUUUUUUUGAUCUUGC